ACCCGGCCUGGGGCCUCACCCUCCAGGAGGCGGCAGCGCGGGUGGAAGACGUGGCAGGUCCGCUCCUUGUACAGCGGAUGCUCGUGAUCUGGGAUCGGCUGGCGGAACCUCGGGUCCGUCCAGCCGCGAUCCCAGGGCGGGAAGACCGGCCGCGCCAGGCCGGGCACGAAGUGCAUCUUCCCCUCGUAGGUGAUGGGCUCCAGCCCAGGGAUUUCGUACACCCGGUCCAGGGGAGGAGGCUCGGGCUUCCGCGUGGAGCGGACGCCCCACUCGUACGCCCCGCGUCUCGGGGCCCCACAGCCCCCAAGGCCGAGCCGCCCGGGGCGAGCCAGCGCCAGCCUUGCGGGCCCCGACGCCAACGCCAUGCCUGCCGACUUCAUCUCCUCCUCAAGACCUCCACCUGGGCGCCGCCAUCUUCCCGUGCGCAAGGCCUGCUGGGAACGAAAGGGGCUGGGCGCCAAAGCUCGUCCUGUGAGUGGCAGCCAUUCGAGCCAAUGAAGGCCAGGGCAUCCUUGCUUUGCCCCACCCCCAGGGGGCGGGAGGGAACAGGAAGGAUCCCCAGGUGCAGGGAAGCCCAGCCGUGGAGGGAAUGGGCCCUGGGCCCGUGACUCUCACAGAGCCGGGCCUGCUCUGGGAAGAGCACCUGCUGUCCCCCCAGGCUGCCUGAGCCCUCUGACGAUGGAUGCGAGGGAGGAGGAGGAGGAGGACGAUGAGGAAGCCUGGCUGCAGCUUCGGCCUGCGGAGCCCCUGCCCUCCCAGUGCUGCGGCAGUGGCUGCUCACCCUGUGUGUUCGACCUCUACGCCCGAGACCUGGCGAGGUGGGAGGCAGCCCGAGCCAGCAAGGACAGAAGCCUGCUGAGAGGGAAGGAACUGCCGAACUUGCCCUCUCGACUCAGCCCGGAGACGUUUCUGGCCUUCCGCAUCAGUGCCUUGGACAGACUCACUCAGGACACCUACCGGGUGCGGUUUGCACUGCCUGGGAGCAGCCAGCUCGGCCUGCAGCCCGGCCAGCACCUCAUCCUACGAGGGAUAGUAGAUGGCUUAGAAAUCCAGAGAGCCUACACACCUAUCAGCCCUGCCAAUGCAGAAGGCUACUUUGAAGUUUUGAUCAAGUGCUACCAGACUGGGCUCAUGGCCCGGUAUGUUGAAUCCUUGAGAGCAGGAGACACGGCUUUCUGGCGAGGACCUUUCGGAAACUUCUUCUAUAAACCAAACCAGUAUGGUGAGCUCCUCAUGCUGGCGUCGGGCACCGGCCUGGCUCCCAUGGUGCCCCUCCUGCACAGCAUCACAGACAAUGCGGAGGAUGAGACCUUCGUCACCCUGGUCGGCUGCUUCAAGACCUUCGAGGGCAUCUACCUGAAAACCUUCCUGCAGGAGCAGGCCCGCUUCUGGAACGUCCGCACCUUCUUUGUUCUCAGCCAGGAGAGCUCCCCGGAGCAGCUGCCCUGGAGCUACCGGGAGAAGACCCGCUUCGGCCGCCUGGGCCAGGACCUGGUCGACGAGCUGCUUGGCUCCUGCCGGAGAAAGCCGUUUGCGCUGGUCUGUGGCUCGGCCGAGUUUACCAAGGACAUGGCCGGGUGCCUGCUGCGUGCGGGCCUGGCCGAGGACUCCUACUUCCUCUUCUAGGCCUGGCCUCCCUGAAAGCCCAGGCCAGGGGCCUGCCAGGGAGACCCAGGGAGGAACACGGGCCGGAAUCAGAACACGCGACAGAAGACCACAGCUGCCUCGCCACGUGGUCUCCGCGCACCUGUUUCUCACCUGCGGCCUCCCUCAGCUGGCAUCCUGCAGUGUGGAGGGAGGAGGGUGGCAGGAGCCUGGGGAGGAGUAGCCAGCUGGGAGUCAGGAAGGAGUCCUGGAGGAGUCCUGGUCCAGGCUGAGCUGCAGGAAGAGGAGGGGCCAGAAGAGCUCCCCUGGUUCCACAGGUGAGAGGGCUUGUGCGGGCUCCCAUUGGACCGUGCCCUGUGCUUCCCCGGGGGACGGAAUCCCUGGGAGGCCUCAGGGCUGGCUCAGUGACUGUCCCUUAACUGCAGGGAAUGACCGCAGGGGCGGCUGAGAGGACCUUGCCUUCUGUGCCUCCAGGGGCAGGGGCCUGACACAGGACUGACUUGGGUUCUAUGACCUGACCCAUUCCUGGAGCGAGGUGGGGCUUUGGGUUACCUUUGUUUUGUAUUGGCCCUGGGCCCUCCCUGCUGCGAAGGGCUUCGCUCAGUCUCCCUUCUCUAGAGCCCAGCCCAGAGUCCCUUUUCCAGCCAAAGAGCCACAGACACAAAUGCCCCUCCUCCUGCAGGCAGCCAGCUCAGCCCUCCCUUCAGCUCUGGUGCCCUGGCGACGGUUGCCAUGGAGAUCUAAAGAUAGAGCAGGAGUCAGGAGACCUGGGUCCUUCUCGCUGCUCUGCCCACUGAGUGGAUGCUGAUUCUGACCCACCCACCCCUCCCGUCCACCCCCGCUCCCGCCCCCUCCAUCCUGCGUGGGGCGUGCCCUCCCCGGGGAAGCGGGCGCCCCUGGGCGGCGCACUGCAGCUAAUGAAUUCUGCCUUUCGCAGCCGGGCUCCAGUGCCUGCACCAGCUCAAGCUGGCCGCAGGCAGUCCCAGAAUCAGAACCUUAAGUCACGGAACCUCGGGAUGAGAGAACCAGAGAAUCAUCUAGUUAGAAUUUUACCGCCAGACCAUCCCAGGCCUCCUCAUGUCAGAGGUUAAAGUUCAGGACUCUGGAGAGCACCUGGUCUGCCAGACUCGGUGUGUCAGUGGGGAAACUGAGGGCCGAUGAGGCCGAGUUGACCAGACCAAGGAAAACCGUUCACGGCGGGGCCAGCAGCAGAAGCCAGGCCUCCGAGUGGCAGCCUGUGCUCAGUGGUUUUCAAACUGGGCUCCGCGGGACACGAGGGUUCCUGCAGUGGCAGCAGUGACGGGAUGGCCAGGCGGGGUCUCCAGGCCCUCCUUCAUCAGAGCGGUCUUAUUUUUA